UUCCGUUGUUUUGAACAGAGUAGGUGCGUCGUUGAGGUGACCGACGAUUUGCAGAUAACGAAACACUUUUUGAUAUAUUAUCAGGCUCGGGAGCUCGUUAGUUGCUACUUUUCUGAUCGGGUCGCUUAGAAAAAGGCGGCUUGAUCUAGCUAAUACAAAUUGCUUUGUAAAAUUAGGUUAAAAGGGAUGCCGCUGCAGACAGAAUCAGACAGACGCAAACAGUCUCUGGAUUUAAUCUCAUCACAUUUGAUCGGGAAGAGCAGCUUUUCUAUGAAUUUAAAAGGCCUCAGAAUAAUUCCUUCUCGACCGAGUGCUUUUGUAAAAUGCUUAAGCUCGAGUGCAAAUUAAUUGCCCAGCUGUGAAGUGAAGACAGGAUUGUAAAUAGUCAGCAAGCUAACCGCUAACUUGGCUAACGGUAGCUGGUCCACGAUAAAGAGGGGUUUGUUAAUCCUUUGCGUCGCCGAGUGACCUGUUAGGUUAAGAAGACCAGUGUCUACAGUCCGUGGAUAGACUUUUGAACCUGAUCUUUUCCGUCUCUGCUGAAAAUACUGCUCGACAGCAAUGAAACUGUUGGAAAACUCCAGCUUUGAAGCUCUCAGCUCCCGGCUGUGUGUUGAAACAGGAGAGUCUCGCAUCCUUGGCAGGAUUGAGAGCUACUCCUGCAAGAUGGCAGGAGAUGAUAAACAUAUGUUCAAGCAGUUCUGCCAGGAGGGGGAGCCACACAUCCUGGAGGCUCUUUCUCCCCCUCAGUCCACCAGCGCCACCAGCCCUUCACAACUGGGGAAGAGCAGCGAGGAUGGGGAAAACCCCCUGAGUGAUAAGUGUUGCAGGAAGACUCUUUUCUACCUCAUCACCACGCUCAAUGAGUCCUUCAGACCAGAUUAUGACUUCAGUGCGGCACGGGCCCACGAAUUCAGCCGAGAACCGAGUCUCAACUGGGUGGCUAAUGCAGUAAACAGCAGCUUGUUCUCAGCUGUUGGAGAGGAGUUCAACUCUCUGGGGCCGGAGCUGUGGAGCGCCAUUGACCAGGAAAUUACCCUGCAGAGCUGUGACAUUUACAGCUACAACCCUGAUCUGGACUCCGACCCUUUUGGUGAAGAGGGGAGCCUCUGGUCCUUCAACUACUUCUUCUACAACAAGAAGCUCAAGAGGAUUGUAUUUUUCACAUGUCGCUCUGUCAGUGUCCUGAGUGGCUAUGGACGAGAUUGUCUCGACAAUGAGCUGGACAUGGAGCUGGAGGAUGAGGAGGAGAUGGAUGGCUUCACCGAGGACAGAUGCCCCAGGGCUCUGUGCGUUUGAAUUUUCCUAGAAGACACGCCUCAGCCAAAGAAUAUCUAGGCUUUCCCUCCUCCCUUUUUUCAUCCCAUCCGACGUUUUUGUUUUCAGGAUGUUGCUGCCUCAUCCGAAGCCAUGUUCACACUCUAGACAAAUGCAUGAAGCCUUAUCUUCUGCUGGCAGUGAACUGUAUACCGUGAGGUGGUGGACAUUUUGUAAAGACCUCCACGGUAACUUUAAGCUCCUUCAUUCUCUAGUAUGGUUUUUGACCCAAAGCUCCAGGCCGAAGCAGAGCCCACACCCACACACACCCACACCCACACAUACACACACACACACACACACAGCUUCUAUACACAUCACAUUUCUAAAGAGACCACUUCAUGGACUUUUGAGAAGGAGGAGGUCUUAUUAUGGAUGUGUGGCCAAAAAAGACUGCAAGCUAGUUGAGUUUGUCGCAAGUGAUGUCAAAGAGGAGUCCAAAUAACACCAGCACCAAUGAAAACUGACACAGAUAAAAGUUUAUAAUAUUCCAACCUGGGACGGGGCUGGGUCCUUUUUAAGUCCAGUUAAGACUGAGUGACCAGCUGAAAACAAAUCUGUUCAUUGUUUGCUACUUUUGUGUGUUGCUUUUUACGUGUAACAGUGACGUUACUGUGAAAACUUUUUUUAGCACUGAGUUUGACAUCUAAAAAAGCUGCAUUUGUAACUGUUUUAUUGAAUCUUAUUAUUGCGAACGCUUGUCUGUCCUUGUCAGACAGGAGGGCACAACCAAGGAAACUUAUUGGCAUCUGGGUUGCAGCUUGGAAAACAUAUCAGUUUUUAUCAGAUGUUAACUAUUACCCAGUUCCAUGUUCCAUGUUUAUGUCGUUUAGAUCCAGUAUUUCUUCAUUGUCUCCCUAACCUAUUCCUGGUUAACCCUCAUUUCUAAAUGUCUUUCCAGUGUUUUCUUUCUGCUCAUUACCUCAAUGCAAAAGGCGUCAUUGAAAAGUGAAUGUAUAGUACAAUUUAGAGGAAAAAACAAAAUCUUAACAGAAAAAUGGCUGAUAUGUUCAGCAUUAUUUUUUAGAAAUUGAGAAGCUCCUCUUUACGUUCCUUAAAAGUGGUUAGGAGUUCUGUGUCUUUUCUUGACUGCUUUGUGCUUUGAUAGGCCGAUGUAUUGCAGAUGUGAAUAAACUGGUGUUCAAACCUGA